AUGGCCAUCCUUCAACAAACCGAUGGCGAAGAAGCAUGCUUGGGGGACGGUGCAGUGCCUGCGGAACCAACUGGCAAAGUCUCUUCUAGUAGCAAGGCGACGAAAACGGUGUUACAACAGGUUCUAGAGAGUGACGAAUCAAGGAGUGGGAUUGUCAGAAAAAUCGAUAUCCUAUCUCGGGCCUUUGAAGCCCCAGAGGACAAGCUCGGACCGACCCAUGCGGUGAGACAGCUCCGGCACGAGCAGCUGGAACAGGAGCUUUUUCUCGCGCAGAAAAAUGCGGCUCUGAAAAGCGGUGCUCGAGGCUUGCAGGCAAGAAAGGAGUUGAAAGCCGUGGAGCACAAGGUGGUCGAGUCUUCCAACACCCUCGACCAGCCACUAGAAACCACAGAUGCAUCCGUAAUUCACGAAGAGACCCAAGCUGCUGUGGAGAUGCUUGACGAUCUUCAAGCUCGAUUUGAAGCCAUCAACGCUGUCGACAGGGAGCAAGAAGCUCGAAAGAUAUUACUAGGUCUCGGUUUCAGGGAAUCCUCGUUCGAUCAGCCAGUCCAGUCAUUAUCCGGCGGCUGGCGGAUGCGUUGCAUGCUUGCUGGAGUCCUCAUCCAAAAGGCUGAUAUAAUGAUCCUCGACGAGCCAACGAAUUUCCUAGAUUUGCUAGGCGUCAUCUGGCUGGAAACGUACCUAACACGAAUGCGUGGCGAAAGUGAUAAAACAGUAGUUGUGGUCUCCCACGACAGGGAUUUCCUCAACGCAGUGUGCGAAGAGAUCAUUAUCUUGAAAGAUCAGACGCUGACAUAUUUCAAGGGAAAUAUAUCUGCGUAUGAAAAGGACAUUGAAGCUCAAAAAUUGUACUGGGGGAGAAUGAAAGAGGCGCAGGACCGCCAAACGGCUCAUAUGAAAGCCACCAUCAGAGAUAAUAUCAAACUUGGUAAGAAAACUGGUGACGACAAUAAACUCCGCAUGGCGAAAUCCCGACAAAAGAAACUUGAGGAGCGAAUGGGCGUUGAAGUUAGUGCCACUGGGGGGAGGUUCAAGCUCAGUCGGGACCGUGUGGGAUGGCACGAUUCAUUACGGGCUGAGAUUGAAGUUCCAGCGGAUGAGAAGGGCGCGAGCCUUGAAAUUCCAGACGCCCCCGAUUUGCGAUUUCCAGGAGCGUUGCUCUCCUUAGAAGCGGCGACCUUUGAAUACAAGAGCAAAGGUGCUUUGGUGCUUGAUGGAAUUGACUUGGUUAUCCAUAUGGGUGACCGGGUGGGUAUCAUGGGUCUCAAUGGAAGCGGUAAGACAACACUUAUUGGUGUGCUCGUUGGGGCCUUGGAACCAACACAGGGGAAACUGUCACGCCAUCCUAGGCUUAAGCUUGCUUAUUAUUCCCAGCACGCCGUUGAAGACCUUCAAGGCUUGGGUGGAUCGAGGCCCGGGUUAACCGCGUUGGGAUUGAUUUCGCAAGAGGCCGAGGGAGACCUCAGCGAAGGCGAUGCUCGCGCAAUCUUGAGCUCGGUUGGUCUGGUUGGAAGGGUAGCAUCCGACGUCCAGAUCGGACAGCUUUCGGGUGGCCAGUUAGUCCGGGUAGCACUCGCUAGGAUCCUCUGGAAACGACCGCAUCUCCUAAUUCUCGACGAAAUCACAACGCAUCUCGAUUUCCACACGGUGAUCGCGCUAUCAUGCGCUCUCUCGGAAUUCAACGGAGCGAUCCUUCUUGUGUCGCACGACCGGUUCCUCGUCCGGGCUGUCGUUGAGGGGAAGAGAGACGCGGACCAUGAGGUAGAAAACAGCGUCAUAGGCGAGUCUGAAGACGAGAACGAGAUGGGCCGGCGCCACGUUUUUGUUUUGAAAGCAGGCAAAUUGCAUCUCCAGGAAAAUGGUGUUGAGCAAUUUGAGCAGAGCCUAGAGAAGAGGGUCCGGAAAAUGAUGGCCGCAGGAUGA